AUGACCCUGGAGCAAGUCAACGCGAAGCAGGGAGGGACUUCAGGGGGAAAAGGUGGCUUCGACGUGAAGGCCCUGCGAGCGUUUCGUGUGCUGAGACCCCUGCGCCUGGUGUCCGGAGUGCCGAAUGUGAUUGCCACGGUGGCGUUGGAGAAGCCAGCCCCUUGCACCAGCUCUGGCCACGGGCGACACUGCACCAUCAAUGGCACCGAGUGCCGAAGCGGCUGGCCGGGGCCCAACAAUGGCAUCACUCACUUCGACAACUUCGGUUUUGCCAUGCUCACUGUCUACCAGUGCAUCACCAUGGAGGGCUGGACCGAAGUCCUCUACUGGGUAAACGAUGCUAUUGGGAAUGAAUGGCCCUGGAUCUACUUUGUCAGCCUUAUCUUGCUCGGUUCCUUCUUUGUUCUCAACCUGGUGCUGGGGGUGCUCAGUGGAGAGUUCACCAAGGAGCGUGAGAAGGCCAAGUCACGGGGCACGUUCCAGAAGCUGCGGGAGAAGCAGCAACUGGAGGAGGAUCUGAAGGGCUACAUGGACUGGAUCACCCACGCUGAGGUCAUGGACAGCGACCGGGCCAGGGAAAAAGGUAUGAUGCCGUCGGAUGAAGGAGGGUCGGAGACAGAGAGCUUGUAUGAAAUUGAGGGCAUGAACAAGUGGAUUCUCUACUUCCGUCAGUGGAGGCGUUGGAACCGGCUGUUCCGUAGGAAGUGCAGGGAUGUGGUGAAGUCCAAGUUCUUCUACUGGCUUGUCAUCCUGCUGGUGGCACUGAACACCCUCUCCAUCGCCUCUGAGCACCACUUACAGCCAGAAUGGCUGACACGGGUGCAAGACAAUGCCAACCGGGUGCUGCUGGCGCUCUUUGUGGCCGAGAUGCUGCUGAAGAUGUACGCGCUGGGCCUGCGCCAGUACUUCAUGUCACUCUUCAACCGCUUCGACUGCUUCGUGGUGUGUGCGGGGAUCUUGGAGACCAUCCUGGUGGAGCUCAACACCUUGUCACCCCUGGGCAUCUCUGUGCUGCGCUGCAUCCGACUCCUCCGCAUCUUCAAGAUCACCAGGUACUGGACAUCCCUGAGCAACCUGGUGGCCUCCCUGCUCAACUCUGUCCGCUCCAUUGCCUCUCUGCUCCUCCUCCUCUUUCUCUUCAUCAUCGUCUUUGCACUGCUGGGCAUGCAGCUCUUUGGGGGCAAAUUUGACUUUGAGGACAUGGAAGUGCGGCGCAGCACGUUCGACAACUUCCCGCAGGCCCUCAUCAGCGUCUUCCAGAUCCUGACUGGAGAGGACUGGAAUUCGAUCAUGUAUGAUGGGAUCAUGGCCUACGGAGGCCCGUCCUUUCCUGGCAUGCUGGUCUGCAUCUACUUCAUCAUCCUGUUCGUCUGCGGGAACUAUAUCCUCCUCAAUGUGUUCUUGGCCAUCGCCGUUGAUAAUCUGGCUGAGGCUGAGAGCCUGACCUUAGCCCAGAAGGCCAAAGCAGAGGAACGCAAGCGGCGGAAGAUGUCCAGAGCUUACCCAGAGAAGUCUGAAGAUGAGAAGCAGAUGCUAACAAGGAAGCUUGAGCAGAAAACAAAGGGAGAAGGGAUUCCCACGACAGAAAAGUUAAAAGUGGACGAAUUUGAAUCCAGUGUCAAUGAAAUCAAAGACCCCUACCCUUCUGCAGACUUCCCAGGUGACGAUGAAGAAGACGAGCCUGAAAUCCCCUUGAGUCCUCGGCCACGUCCCCUGGCAGAACUACAGCUGAAAGAGAAGGCUGUUCCCAUGCCUGAAGCCAGCUCCUUCUUCAUCUUCAGCCCAACCAACAAGUUUCGGAUGCUGUGCCACAGAAUUGUCAACGCCACCUGGUUCACCAACUUCAUCCUGCUGUUCAUUCUACUGAGCAGCAUCUCGCUGGCAGCCGAGGAUCCCAUCCGGGCCGAGUCUUUCCGCAACCAGAUUCUUGGAUACUUUGACAACGCUUUCACUGCUGUGUUCACAGUCGAAAUUGUCUUGAAGAUGACAGCCUAUGGUGCUUUCCUGCACAAAGGCUCCUUCUGCAGGAACUCUUUCAAUAUCCUCGACUUGCUGGUGGUCGCCGUCUCCCUCAUCUCCACAGGGAUCGAGUCCAGUGCCAUCUCAGUGGUGAAGAUCCUGCGGGUGCUGAGGGUGCUGAGGACUCUGCGAGCCAUUAACAGGGCAAAGGGGCUGAAGCACGUGGUCCAGUGCGUGUUCGUGGCCAUCAAGACUAUCGGUAACAUUGUGGUCGUCACGACGUUGCUGCAGUUCAUGUUUGCCUGCAUUGGGGUCCAGCUCUUCAAGGGGAAGUUCUACGGAUGCACCGAUCCAUCCAAGAUGACGGAGAAGGAGUGCAGGGGCUACUUCAUCAACUACGUAGACGGAGACCCCACGCAGAUCGAGCUGCAGAAGCGUGACUGGUUGCACAGCAACUUCCACUUCGACAACGUCUUCUCUGCCAUGAUGUCACUUUUCACCGUCUCCACCUUCGAGGGCUGGCCAGAGCUGCUCUACAUGGCCAUUGACACUAAUGCUGAGGAUACAGGCCCUAUCUACAACUACCGGGUGGAGAUCGCAAUGUUCUUCAUCAUCUACAUCAUCCUCAUUGCCUUCUUCAUGAUGAAUAUCUUUGUGGGCUUUGUCAUUGUCACCUUCCAGGAGCAGGGCGAGAGUGAAUACAAGAACUGUGAGCUGGACAAGAACCAGCGCCAGUGUGUGCAGUACGCGCUGAAGGCUCGCCCGCUGCGCCGCUACAUCCCCAAGAACCCCUACCAGUACCAGAUCUGGUACGUGGUCACCUCCUCCUACUUUGAGUACCUCAUGUUCUUCCUGAUCCUGCUAGGCUGGACCUGCUGUGGACUAACGUGGCUGCUUCUGCCUUCUCCUCAGCAUUACAACCAGUCUGCAGAGAUGAACCACAUCUCGGACAUCCUGAACGUGGCCUUUACCAUCCUCUUCACCCUGGAGAUGAUCCUUAAGCUCAUGGCCUUUAAAGUCAAGGGCUACUUCGGGGACCCCUGGAACGUCUUUGAUUUCCUUAUAGUGAUUGGCAGCAUCAUUGACGUCAUCCUCAGCGAGAUUGAU